GCUUGGAGAAGUCAUGAAGUAACGAUCAAUAUGAGUAGUACUCUGCUGGAUUUCGGAUACGAGAGAUGCAAUGCACAUGAAACUAAAAUAUCUGAUGCUAAGAAAGACUUAGCAGGUACUUUUAUUUCUGAUGGUAAUAUAUUAUAUUUGAUGGUAAUAUAUUUCACAACCAAUCUAGCAAAGCAAAUACAUCAUCGGAUUGCUCUACCAGUCGAGGUACAGGUCAAAGCUUUGGAAUGGCCCACAAAGUCAAUCAUCCUCACCGUUCAUUUACUAGUGAGUUGGGUUGUCGUUAAAAGAACUAGCAAAAAUAAAAAUAAACUCCGCAAUUUCCAAAAACUGUAA